AUGUUUUUUGGUGGUGACGACGAAGAACAAGAAUUCUCCAAUCCAGGAGGAGGGUCCAAACUUUCAUCAUUAUUUAGUUUAGAUCAGAAAACUAAUGUAGGGGGUAAUUCCUCAUUAACAUACACAGCACCUAAACAACCCAAGAAAAAAGGUGCCGCCCCUGAAGGUCCUGCUGCCAAUGCUGGUGCGGCUGGAGCUGCUCCCUCAAUUCUGGUUGCUGCCGUAGUCCAUGCUUAUAAAUAUGUUGAUGGUAAAUAUGCCUCACAAGGUAAACUAGGAUCAGCUUUAUUAGGAAACUCUGCAAGUAAAGAAUAUAGAGUACUAUUAUAUGUUAGUAAAGAUAAACAAAUAACUAAUGCUAAAAUUACACCCAAUACACUGUUUACAGUUCAAGCUAAUAACUAUGCUAAUUUUUAUGAUGACGCUAGACAGAGUUGGUCUGUUAUGUUUGAUAGUGAAGAUAAUGCUGUCAAGUUUGCUAAACAUAUAUGUCUAGCCAAGGCUGUAUGUAGUGGUAACCUAGACCAUGUUGUCAGUCAGGAUCUGGUACCAGGAGAAGGCAAGGCGCUAGAAUCAGGAGAUGCUGCAGAAGUCAGAUAUUCAGGAUGGUUAUUCCAAAAUGGAACAUUUGGUCAGAUGUUUGACAGUAAUGUGAACUCUGAUAAAUUAUUCAGAUUAAAGUUGGGAAAAGGAAAAGUGAUCAAGGGCUGGGAUACAGGAUUAGUUGGUUUAAAGAAGGGUGGUAAGAGGAUGUUGAUCAUACCCCCAAGUUUAGGGUAUGGUGCCCAGGGCAUGGGAGAUCGCAUUCCAGCUAACUCUACUCUUAUAUUCGAAACAGAACUUGUUAGGGCAAAAUUCCAGAGAGGAGAUCAACCGUCUCCAGCUCCUUCCCCAGCACCUGUAGCCCCACCCCCUCAGCCAACUAGUGAAGUAGUGAAUGAUUUACCUGAUAUAGAUGAUCAGACUAUUAAAGGUAGAACUAAAUCUAUAACAGAACAUAUGGCACAGCAUGGAGAUAGUGGUAAAGCUAAGAUAAUAUCCAGGAUGGCUAAGAUGGGUAAACCAAUGUUACCAAUGUCAGGAGGGGUACCUGCUCAACAUUCAGAUGAGGAGAAUGAUGAUGAAGAUGCUGAAGUAGAGCAGCAUUAUCAACCAGAAUUAGAAGAACAACCUCCACCCCAGAUACAGAAACCUCAACCAGCAUUCCAUGUCCAGUCUUCCCAAUCCUUUCAACAACCACAACAUUUUACACAGCAACAACCUGGUAAUCACAGUCAGCCUCCUACACCAGUUGCAUUUCAACAAUAUAACCCUAGUCCAGGUGGUAGCCUGUCUAACUAUCAUCAAUCACCUAAUUUCUUACAACAUCAACAGCUACAACAUCAACAACAGCAAUAUCAACAACAGCAACAACUUCUUGCUCUACAACAACAACAGGGAUAUCAACAACAAGGCUAUCAGAUGGGAGCUGGUGGCGGAAUGAUGGUACAAAGUCCAUAUUCUGGAGCUAGCACUACCCCACCUUCUAGUCAACAAUCAGCUGAUGUAUUUGGUCCUGUAUUACUAACAGAAACUAGACAACAGAAUACAGAAGUUAGAAUGGCUAUCAGUAAAAUAGGAGACAAGGUGGAUAAGGUCUAUGAAAAGCUAAAUGAUCUACAUUCAAUAGGAGGUUCCUCUACAUCAUUAGGUAUUACAGCUCCUAAUAUGGAAGUUACUAUACUGAUACAAAAUGUUACUAGAAUCGCUCAGGAAAAUGAACACCUUAAGAAAGAUUUAUUUGAUAAAAGUGCUAAAAUUGAAAGUCAGAAUGAGAAAAUAGCAGAAUUAUUACAUAAAAAUCAAAGGUUUGUGGAACAAAGUAAUACACUACUAGAAGAACGAAAUGAAGGAUAUAAACACACAGCUUCUCAAUCACAGUCUAAAAUAUUAGAACUAGAACAACAGAAGGUACAACUGGCCAGUGAUCUAAGCGCUGCCUCAGCUCAACUCAGCUCUGUCCAACUAGAACUUGCCACAUCUCGGAAGAACGAGGCUGAAUUAAUCCAGAAAAUACAAUCAACAAAAGAUACGUCAUACCAGUCAGCAGAGGAACGAGAGAGAUUACGUGUACAACAUGAUGAGGAUGAGAAGAAGAUAGGAGAAUUAACAGCUUCAUUACGAGAAGAAAAACAACAUCGUAAAAACCUAGAGAGUAGUUUAAAUACUUUACAGGAGGAAUUCACAGAUUUAAAAUCUUCUAAAGAAAACCUGGAACGAAGUAUAGCAGAUAGAAGGAGAAAGACGACAGCUGAAAGGAAGAAACUAGAGGAAGAGAUGGAAGAAAUAAAAACUAACAUGGAGCAAGAAAUCCAGACAUUACAUGACAAACUACGAAGAGCCAAGACAUCAGCUGAUGAGUCUACUUCAGAUAAGAUGUCUAGAAUAGAGUUAGAAAUAGAAGAACAAUGGCAGAAGAAAUGUGAUAAACUACUGACUACAGCUAAUGAGAAACAUUCCCGAGCUUUACAAGAUAUUACAGAGGAACUGGACGAUUUAAAACAAAAACUGAAAGAAUCAGAACACAGGGUACAGACAUUAAGAGUGAGUAACAAUACUAACGAUGAAAAAAUAAACGAACUAGAAGAAGAAAUAGAAGAAUUACAAGUCUGGAAAGACAAGUAUGAUAAUCUACGAAAUCAAGCCACGGCUAUGAAAGAGAAAUAUGAAGAUAAGAUACAAGAACUAGAAGACGACAACGAAACUCAAACAGAUAAAAUUGAGGAAUUAGAAGAGAGAAUUGAAGAGUUGACAGAUAAAGUUAAAAAUAGUGGUGCUAUAUCAAGUACUGUGGCUCCCUCUGGGGAUUUAGUUAUUGAGGUAAAGAAGAUAAUGAAUAAUGUAUAUCAAGAUUUACGAGAAGAAUUUGAAGCUGAUGAAUCUUAUAAAGGAACUGAAGUUUUAUCAUCUUUACUCACCUCUAUAAAAUCCACCACCUUACAAUUAGUAAACUCACAAAAACAGAAAGAAGCUGAGAAAGAGAAAGAGGAUGAAGAAGAUGAAGCUUCUACUGAAGAUGUAGGAAGUCCACAGAAGGAGGAAGUAGUGAAAGAGGUGGCUCAAACCAAUCAAUCUGUGAUAAAAACACCUGACAAUGCAUCAGAACAGAAAGAUGACAAAGAAAAUGUCAAAUCUGAACAAAUUCCAGUAGUAGAAGAGAGUAUGGUAGCUGAUGAUGUAAUAACAGUAGAAUCAGCACCUCUAACAUCAGCAGCACCACCCAAACAGACACCUGUUACACCUGCAAAGUUUAGUCCUAAAAAAGACCAUCCUACAGGAGAUAAAGGGAAUAGAAUAUAUUCUGAGAAACUUGAUAAAUCUUCUCCUAAACCUGUUGCCCCAGUACCAAUAAAAACUGAACAUGGAUAUUAUACUGGUGAUAAAGGAAACAGAAUUUACAGUGAGAAAUUAGAUCAAACAGAUUUAGCUCAUUCCAAAGGAAGUGGACUAGUAGAAGAAACAAUUGGUAAAAGUGAAAAUAAAGCAAUUCAUAGUGCUCCACCAGUUGUAGAAGAAAGUUUUGGUAAAUCAGAAGCCACGUCACUAGAAUCUGGAGUUACCUCCCCUAAACAACAAGAUGAGGUAUCAAUACCUGUUUUUUCUAUAAUUUUAACAGUAAAACCAAGUAAAAUCAGUCCUAAAAAAGAUCAUCCUACAGGAGAUAAAGGGAAUAGAAUAUAUUCUGAGAAACUUGAUAAAUCUUCUCCUAAACCUGUUGCCCCAGUACCAAUAAAAACAGAACAUGGCUUCCCUACUGGUGAUAAGGGAAACAGAAUUUACAGUGAGAAAUUAGAUACUCUUCAAUCACAAGCAACACCAAUAGUAGAAGAAUCAUUGGGUAAAACAGAUAAUAAAACAGUUCAUUCUGCACCAAGUAGUCACAAACAUCCAGUUGUAGAGGAAAGUUUUGGUAAAACAGAAUCCACAUCAUUAGAGGCUGGUAAACCUCCAUCUAAACCAGUGAAACCAGGUAAAAUCAGCCCUAAAAAAGAUCAUCCUACAGGAGAUAAAGGGAAUAGAAUAUAUUCUGAGAAACUUGAUAAAUCUUCUCCUAAACCUGUUGCCCCAGUACCAAUAAAAACAGAACAUGGCUUCCCUACUGGUGAUAAGGGAAACAGAAUUUACAGUGAGAAAUUAGAUAAACUUCAAUCACAAGGAACACCAAUAGUUGAAGAGUCAAUGGGUAAAACAGAAAAUAAAACAGUUCAUUCUGCACCUAGUAGUCACAAUCAUCCAGUUGUAGAAGAAAGUUUUGGUAAAACAGAAUCCACAUCAUUAGAGGCUGGUAAACCUCCAUCUAAACCAGUGAAACCAGGUAAAAUCAGUCCUAAAAAAGAUCAUCCUACAGGAGAUAAAGGGAAUAGAAUAUAUUCUGAGAAACUUGAUAAAUCUUCUCCUAAACCUGUUGCUCCUGUUCCUAUAGAAACAGAACAUGGCUUCCCCACUGGUGAUAAGGGGAACAGAAUUUAUAGUGUAAAAUUAGAUCAAACAGAUUUAGCACAUUCUAAAGAUAAAGCUGUAGUAGAAGAAAGCAUCAGUAAACCAGAAACAUCCACAGCAGUUCAUUCUCAACCACCACCUCCUUCCUCUCCUGCCUCCUCGUCACAUUCCAACACACAACCUGCUCCAGUUGUAGAAGAAUCAUUUGGUAAAGUAGAAAAUACAACAGUAGAGGCUGGUGUACCUUCAGAUAGAAAACCAGUGAAACCAAGUAAAAUCAGCCCUAAAAAAGACCAUCCUACAGGAGAUAAAGGAAAUAAAAUUUAUUCUGAGAAACUUGAUAAAUCUUCUCCUAAACCUGUUGUGAUAAAACCUGCUGAGAAGAAGACAGGGGCAAUAACUGGUGAUAAAGGCAAUAAAUAUUACACUGAGGAACUCGAUAAAUUACAACCAGUUGAAGAAUCCAUGGGUAAAGUGGAAACAACAGUGUCUCACGCUGCCCCUCCUACAUCCAAAACAAAAUCUGAAGCUGAGAUCAAACCAACUACAGUUCAUCAGGUCCACGCACCCAAACCGAAACCAGUUGUUCCAAAAACUAUGACCAGUAAAACAGCUCAUAUUACAGGAGAUAAAGGAAACAGACUAUACACAGAAGAAUUGAAUAAAUUAGAUCCAUUAUUAGGCAGUAAGAUAUCAGAAACAGUUUAUAGCUUGCAAGUCAGAAUCUUAGAUCUUUAG